UUUGCAUGGCGGUUUCCAUAGUCUGAAGUCCAGCUGUGUCCAGGACCCUCCCCCUUCAUCAUAAGCAGCAAGAUUUAAAAAAAAAAGCCCCGGUCAUGAUUUAUGAAUCAAUGUGACUGGCUGCUGUGUGCAGAGUCUGCAGGGGGACCGUCCGGAGUAGCGUGGCUGAGGAGAGGGCGGCUGUGCGGGCAGUGCAUUGGGCUAGUGGGCGGGGCUUGUGGCUGAGCCCAGAACACUGCUGCAGCGGGCCGUAUAGCAGGGGCAGCACCUGAGCGAAUCUGCAUGACUAUUGCAAAGAUGUCAUGGCAGCCUCAGUAUCGAAGCUCAAAGUAUCGUCAUGUUUUUGGAAAGCCUGCAAACAAAGAGAACUGUUAUGACAAUGUGCCUAUCACAAGAAGUGUACAUGACAACCAUUUUUGUGCCGUUAACCCAGUUUUCAUUGCUGUAGUGACGGAAUGUGCGGGUGGAGGAGCCUUUAUUGUAAUUCCUAUACACCAGUCAGGAAAACUUGAUCCUCAUUAUCCCAAAGUUUGUGGUCACAAAGGUAAUGUGCUGGACAUCAAGUGGAACCCUUUUGAUGACUACGUAAUUGCUUCCUGCUCUGAAGAUUCAUCUGUGAAAAUUUGGGACAUUCCAAAGCCUUACUCAACCAAGAAUAUUACUAAUGCCAGGAAAGAGCUUUUGGGUCAUUCCAGGAGAGUUGGUCUUAUUGAAUGGCACCCCACAGCAAGCAAUAUUAUUUUCAGUACUGCCUAUGAUUAUAAGAUCAUGAUAUGGAACCUUGAUAAUGAUGAUCCAGUAAUUCAUAGUCCAGUCAGGACAAUAGAGUGUCAUAAAGAUGUAAUUCUUUCCAUGUCAUUCAGCACAAAUGGAAGUCUUAUGGCAACGUCUUGCAAAGACAGAAAAAUUAGAAUAAUUGAUCCCCAUAAUGGGAGUGUAUUACAGGAAUCUGAUGGCAAAACCCAUAGAGCCAGUAAAGUUUUGUUUCUAGGAAACAUGAAAAAAGUUGUAUCUACUGGAGCAUCUCGAUGGAACAAUAGACAAGUUGUCCUCUGGGAUCAAGAUGACCUUUCAGUGCCUUUACACCAGGAGGAUAUGGAUGGUUCCUCGGGAUUGCUCUUCCCCUUUUUUGAUAAUGACACUAAUAUGAUGUAUUUGGUGGGAAAGGGAGAAGGAAAUAUUCGAUAUUAUGAAAUUGUUCCUCAGAAGCCUUACUUUCAAUACUUGAAUGAAUAUCGUUCCAACUUACCUCAAAAAGGAAUUGGUACUUUGCCAAAGAGGGGACUUGAUGUAUCCUCCUGUGAAGUGUUUAGAUUCUACAGACUGGUCACUGUAAAAGGACUGAUCGAGCCUGUUUCAAUGAUUGUGCCUAGACGGUCAGAAUCGUACCAGGAGGACAUAUACCCAAUGACAGCUGGAACCCAGCCAGCCCUCACUGCACAUGAAUGGAUGAGUGGAAUUAAUAGAGAUGUAAUCACAAAUAACUUGGCACUAGGUUACCGAAAAAUAGCAAAGAGGAUCACAGAUAGAAGACUAGAAUCUAGGAACUCCUUUAUCUCCAAUGGGUUGGACUUGUUUGAAUGUCCUCCACCCAAGACGGAAAACGAGUUAUUGCAAAUGUUCUACAAACAGCAGGAAGAAAUCCGCAAAUUACGUGAACAGUUGAGCCAAAGAGAUAUUCAGAUUCGACAGCUCAAGUUGGAAAUCAAAAACGUCCACAACAGCGCAGCCCCCUACUGACUCUACUUGACUUACAGCCAAUAGAAUGUAACUCUCAACAAUGCCUCUAGAAAACCAUUACAUUUUAUUUUUAUGUACAAAGGAAAAAAACAAUUGUGAAUAGAAACUUAGCAAUGCUACAUGGUGCACGGAAUGUUUACCAUUAUUUGUUACCAGUAUUU